AUGCAAUAACAACGAAGUAAUUUCGGUUAAAAAAUCUUCUAAAAUGAAAUGACAAAUCAAAAUAUCAACCCCAAUGAUCACAUGAUGUAGAAUAUGAUGAAAAUGUUUCAACAGCAGAUGAUGUAAAUGAUGCAAAGUUAAUCAUCAGGUAUUUCAUUAUCUUAUAAAUAGGCUUUGAUUUAGAACAGUUUUACCAUAAUAAAGUUAACGAUAUGAAUUAAUUCUACAAUCAAAUGAAACCUGAAGAAUGCUAAUUACAAUAAUCAUCUUAAUUCAUCAAUACAUAUAAUCCUAAUAAAUAUUAAGAAGUAUUUAUUAUUAUUAAGUAGGAAACCAAUAUAAAUACUAAUAGAUAACUGCAUUUUGAUGAUAUAUAAAUAACUUAAAAUUACAGAAAUGAAUUUCACGAUUAUACAUUACCAGAAAAUGAUCUUUUUAAUUAAUAUAAAAAUAAAUAAGAUCAAAAGUAACGAUAGUAAAGAUUAUAUGAAUAUGAUGAUUAACGAACAACUAAGUAAUAAUUUCAAAAUUUUGAUUCAUCAGAAAAUGAAGAAUUUCAUAAUAAAUAAUCAAAAUAGCAAUAAAAAAGACCUCCUGUUUUUGAUGAUAUAUCAACUAAAUAUGCAAAUCAAGAAGAAUAAUUAAUAAGAUCCAAUUUUUAGAAAAAUAACUUUUAUUAACAAGAUGAAUAUGAAUUUAGAUAAUAAUCUAAUCCAUUUGAUGAAAUACCUAUUAAACCGAUGAAAGGUAAUAACUUUGAUGAAAUGCCAAUCAAAAAUAAAAAAUAAGAAGAUUUUAAUAAAUAACAAUAAGAUGAAUUCCAAUCAAAAAACUAAUAAAACUAUAAAUAAUAGUAAAAAUAAUUUGAUGAUUAUCCUAAUAAGAAAAACAAUUAUUAGAAUCCUUUUGAUGAAAAAGUCUAAAGUUAAAUAUCAAAGUAAAAUUAAAAUAAUUUUGAUGACAUUCCUAUAAAGCCAUAAAAAUAAGGUUACGAUGAGUAAGCAAUAAAAAACAAAAAAAAUUCCUUUGACGAAAUACCUAUUAAAUCAGCUAAAAGUCAAGGAUUCGACGACAUUCCUAUCAAAACAAAUAAAAAUUAAAAUUUUGAUGAUAUUCCUAUUUAAACUAAUAAAAAUAAAGGAUUCGACGAUAUUCCUAUCAAAACAAAAAAUUAAAAUUUUGACGAUAUUCCUAUUUAAACUAAUAAAAAUAAAGGAUUCGAUGACAUUCCUAUUAAAGCGAAUAAAAAUUAAAAUUUUGAUGAUAUUCCUAUUUAAACUAAUAAAAACAAAGGAUUUGAUGACAUUCCUAUCAAAACAAAUAAAAAUUAAAAUUUUGAUGAUAUUCCUAUUAAAGCGAAUAAAAAUUAAAAUUUUGAUGACAUUCCUAUUUAAACUAAUAAAAAAAAAGGAUUUGAUGAUAUACCUAUUAAAACGAAUAAAAAUCCAUUUGAUGAAAUACCCAUUAAAACCAGCAAAAAUACAUUUGAUGAUAUGCCUAUAAGAACAAAUAAAAAUCAAGAUUUAGAAGAAUUACCUCCAAGAAAUAAUUUUAAAAAACCUCUUGAAGAAGUAAACUAUGAUGAAUAAGGUCGUAUCAAGAAAAAGCCCUUUUUAAAAAAAGGAACAAGAUAAUUUCUAUCUAAUGCUUAGUAGAGAUCUGAUAUUGCUAAGAAAGAACACGCUGAAAUUUUAAAAGAAAAUAAUGCAACAGAUAACCUACCUGUUUAAAAUUAAAUUGCUUAAACUAAGUUUUAAAAGGCUCAACAAUAAUAAUAAUAUUAAAAAGUAGAAACUAAACAAGAAUAAAAAGAAGUCUAAUAAAAAGUUAAAAAAUAAGAAAUAAUAAAGGAAUAACCAAAAUAACAACAAAAACACCAAUAAUAAUAAUAAUAAUAAUAAUAGUAAUAGUAAUAAUAAUAAUAAUAAUAAUAAAAAUUAUUGAAACAAAAAGAGGAAUGUGAAAGUCAUCAGAAUUCAUAUUAAGAAUAUUAAUUUGAUGAUAAUGAAGAUUGGAAUGAUGAACCUCCUAAAUAAUCAAAGAUUGCAACAACUUAUUUUGGAUUAAAAAAAGAAAAGGAUGCAAAAGAGAAGAAAUAAGAAAAAUCUUAACCAUAAGAAUCUGAAGAAGAGAUUGUUAGAAAAUAUGUACAAGAUAAGAUUGAUAAUUUAAAUGCCGAAAUUGCAAAAUUCAAAAGCGAAAAUGAAAAAGUAAAAAAAGCUAAGAUAAAAUGUGAGGAUUAAUUGAAAUAAUUACAAAGAGAGAGAGAGGAAUGGGAAAAGUAAAAAGAAAUAGAAAAAAAUGAAUUAGAAGAAUGGAAAGAAGAAGAGAAGAAAAAGAUGCUUAGAGAAAAAAGAGUAUAAGAAAGAUAAUAAAAAACAACAUAAAAUUAGCCAAAUAGAAAAGAGAGAGAAGAAAUAGAAUCAUUAAAAUAGUAGGUAUAGAAAUUAAUGGAAGAAUAAAAACAAAAAGAUUAAAAAAAUAAGUUAUCUUAUGAUAGAGUAAAGAAAUAGAAUGAUGAGCUAUUAUAAAGAAAUUAAGAACUGUAGGCUGAAGUAAAAGCAUUAGAACUUAGACUAUUAGAAUAAAAGCGUCCAAAUUCUUAAUCCACAAUUUAGUAAAGUAAAUCGUAAUAAAUUUAAUUGAAAUCUAAUGUUUCAGGACUUUCUUAAAAGAAAGAAGCUCCUUAAUAAAAAAAUAGAAGGUAAAGUCCAACAUCAUUUGUAGAAGAAUAAUAAAUAAAAAAUAAGCAAUCAAUAUAAGAAUAUAAGAAAUAAAUUUCAGAUUAAGAAGAUGAAGAUAAUGAUGAAAAUGAUGAUGAAUAUUAAAAUGAAGAUUAAAGUGAUGAUGAUGAUAAUGAGGAUAGUUAUGAUAAAAAAUAAUAAUAGAAAAGAAAUACAUAAUAAUAAAAUAGUAAAAGAUAUGAUUUAGUAGAAAUGUAAAAUGAAGGUAUACCAUUUACUAUAAAAAAUAUAAAUAGUUUGAUAUCUGAAUAAGAAUUUAAUUAUGAUUAGAAUCGUUUUUAUUAAGGAUAUAAAAAGAAUAAGGAUAUUCCAUCAAAAAUAAUUAAUUAAAAUGUUGGACCUGAUGGUAAGAUAUCAAGAUAAUAUUCAAAUGGUAAAAAAGAAGUUGUAUUUCAUAAUGGAGUAAAAAGAGAAGUAUAUUCUGAUGGAUAUGUUAUUGUUCACUUUACAAAUAAAGAUGUGAAAUAAACAUUACCUAAUGGAACAGUAAUUUAUUAUUUUGCUGAUGCUAGUACAACAUAAAUUACAAUAGCAAAUGGUCCAAAUGUAUUAUAUAUAUGUAGAUAUUUAGAUUUAUCGUUUUUCCAAUUAAUAGAUAGAGAUUCAUUUUAAUGAUGGAACAAAAGAAAUCAGAUUUGGUGAUGGAACUGAAAAAUACAUUAAUGCCAAUGGUGAAGAAUAGACAUUUUUUAGCGAUGGCAUAAUUUAAAAAAUAAAUAGUUAAAAAGUAAAGUAAAUUGAAUAUCCAAACGGAAAUGUUGAUAUAAUUUAUCCAGAUGGAUAGGUAUAGAGAUAGUUUAGGAAUUGAUUAAUUAUAUUUGGC